AUGAAAAACCAUGGCCUAUGUGGCCCAAAGAACUAUUCAUUGCCUCCAUGCCCAUAUCAGACCCGAGAGAAACAUUCCAUGCUCAAAAAAAUAGUCUUAUCUGUUGUUGGGACCAUUGCAUUUGUAUUAUGCUGCUUCAUUAUAGGAAUUCUAUGGAGGCCUAAACUUUCAGAUCAACUGGUCCAUCCCUCGAGCUUUAUUUUUCCAAGGCUUACCUAUCAAAAAUUUUCCUAUCAAGAUCUUGUCAUUGCAACAUCUGGAUUUGAUGAGUCAAACUUGCUCGGAGUGGGUAACUUUGGAUCUGUCUACAAAGGCAUCUCGAGGAAUGGUAAGAUAAUUGCCAUCAAAACUCUCAAUUUGCAAAAUGAAGAAUCUCUUAAGAGUUUCAAGAGAGAGUGUGAAUUCUUAGGGAGGAUUCGGCACCGUAACCUCAUCAAAAUCGUAAGUGCAUUUUCCUACCCUGACUCCAAAGGUUUGGUUCUUGAAUUUGCAUGUAAUGGGAGCUUGGAAAAACAUUUGCACCCUGACAGGGAUGAUGAAGGCUUUUGUAAAUUGGGAUUGAGUGAGUUUCUGAGCAUUUCUGUAGACGUAGCUCAUGGUAUGGAAUACUUACAUCAUGAUUGUCCUCUACAAAUUGUGCACUGUGAUUUAAAACCUAGCAAUGUGCUCUUGGAUGCCAACAUGACAGCCCUUGUCACUGAUUUUGGUAUAUCCCGAUUAACUACUUCAAAUUCCAUAGAUUCAUUGAGUUCAACGACAUUUGCGCUCAAAGGAUCUAUUGGAUAUAUUGCUCCAGAGUAUGGACUGGGUGGGAGUGUUUCUACAAAGGGAGAUGUUUAUAGUUUCGGAGUUCUGAUAUUAGAGAUGGUUACAAGGAAGAGGCCAAGUGAUGACAUGUUUGUGGGAGACAUGAGCUUGCACAAGUGGGUGAGAUCAGCUUUUUCAAACAGACUGGCAGAAAUUGUUGAUGGAGAGCUAUUGAGAGAUAUGAAUGAAAACAUGGAGGACGAUAAAUGUCUUAUUUCAUUCAUUAAUGUUGGUUUGCUUUGCAGUAGUGAAUCACCAAGAGAACGACCUUCCAUGAGAGAUGUAGCCAAAGCCUUGGAGAGCCUGAAGACAUCUUUAAUGGGAGGUGCAGCUGUUUCCAAUUUAACAGCUACCAUAUCAGAACUCCUGGACAAUACCAACCCCACAGGAACAUUGCCAUCUGACAGUCAAAGUUCUACAUUUUAG